UUCUGUCAUAUUGACAACUUUUUGACCACCAGCAGGCAGUCUGUGUUACUGAGGCUAAUGUACUCAGUGGGCAUCACAGGAAGCCUCCGUCAUGUACUUCUGGUAAAGGGACACAAAGAGGAAGAGACUUCCAGUGAAGCAUCUGGCCUCUGUAUUUCAACUUUGUUCAUUCAGUGGUUUAGAAUUUUGGCCUUUAGAUUAACGAAUUGACGCAUUGACGAAAGCAAAGGCCUAUUUUAUUUUUGAUGACAUACCAUUAUUUUUCUGGUCCCUCAUAUUAACCGUUAGGCCCCGACCUCCUGAACGCUUUUAUAUGCUCUCUUUCCAUCAUUAGCCUUUUCUCUGUCUUUUUACUUUCAUGACAGACAUUUUUUUAAAAAUCUGUUAAAAAGCAACAGGAAGAGGAAACUGAUCAGGAUCAGUUGGUUUUGCAACACCAUCGUGCAAAAACGUCUCUUUUUUUGGCAGAAAGGGUGCACGGCGCGAGAGAGAACUGUAGACGCUCAAAAGCUGCUGUGAUGCUCAUUUUGUCUCUCAAAUGGGCACACCCGCGCCCACCGUGUUCUGUGGGCGUGGGAAUGUGUGUGCGUGUGCGUGUGUGUGUGUGUGUAUGCACAUGCCUUCGCACUCUGGUUUGGGGGGGCACAGUAAAACUGCUGACCAGAUAGAAACGGAAUGAAUAGAAAGACAGGGAGAUUGGGUGUGAAACCUCACUGUCAGCCCCCCUUCUCACACAGGCCUACGCACUUACGCACAAGUAUUCUGCAUUGCGUGUGUUUUCACACUGUUUGGGCCCGUGAAACACCAUAAAAGAAAAUGUUAGUAGCUUUCAUGAAAAGGUUAAACGGUUCAAAGUGGUCAAACUCUGUAAGGGACCCUUAAAUCUAAUUAAAAUGAUCACAUAUUUGUUUCAUUGACAAAAGAACCUGAGCAAGUCAUUGUAUUCCUUUGAGAUUUUAAAAAUUAUAUAAUAUAAUGUGAUAAUGCAGAGUGAAUAAGACUGGGGUAUUUUAGUUUGGCACCAGGUGAAAGGUAAACAUGGAAAGACUAUUUCUGUAUUCUACCUUGUAUUAUUUUUAAAAAGGGCAUGACCUUUCUUUGGGAAUCUUUUCAAUUAAUGUCUUCUGUUGCAUCAACAUGUUGUUUGACACACAAAGUAAAAUUUACAAUUGGAAAGUUGACAAGCAGAUAAUUCAAGGCAGAAUAUGAAACUUCAUAGAAAAGAUAUAGAAUUCACACACCAUUUUAUAGAAAAAAAAUAUUCCCAUUGUCAAGAGAUGUCUCAGUUGCAUAAAAGUUAAAUAAAAUGUAAAACAUAAGGCAUUUCUGGAUUUGUUCUGUUGUUAUAUUGGUGUAGAACUGAUUGUAAAUUUAAGGCAUAAUGCAUGGCAUUAAGAACAGAUAUUCUAGUAUAUUGCACCACAUCCACAGUAUGAACAUAAAUGUGCACGCUACUUCCUCAUGAAGCGCAUGUACCCUUCCUAACAGGUCGGAUCUCCAGUAUAUAGGCUAGUUUGAAUCUGUCCGUAAGUCUGCACGAUUAAUUGUAAUCAAUUAAUUCAUUUGUUUUAGGCUCCAUUUUAUUUGAUGGUGACACGAGUCUCGUCCAAUGAAACGAGACUCUGCUGUUACCACAUUGUAUGACUUGUGAGGCCAUGUUCUAUGAACACACACCUGCACCACUGACACAAUUUCCUGCCUCUAUCUUACUCUUUCUCUUCCUCUCCCCUCUAUCUCUAACUUCCUCCAUCUCCCCCUCCAUUGCACCCUGUGCCGCAGAUUUCUGGAGGUUAGACAUGAUUUUCCUCUCAGAUUAAACCCUCUCUCUGUUCCCUUGUUUCUCUCUAUCACUCUAUCUCCCACCCACCAUUCACUCACACACUCCUCUCCCACUCUCACCCUUUCAUGUGCGCACGUUUUCGAAGAAUAGGGCUCUUUUAAAAAAAAAAAAAAAGUGCCUUAUCGUAUUUCUGCUGUCACCUCCUGUCCCGUUAUCAGACCCUCUUCUCCUCCUCCCAUCAUCUUUUUCACACUCCCCCACUUCCCCCUUUGCUUUAUUUUAAAAAGUAUUUAAAAACAUCCAAGUACUGCUAAUCACUCAAGGUAAAGUAUUAUUGACUGCUGUUUGCAAGCCAAAUUGCCCCUCAGGGACAUUAAAUAUUUACUCUACUCUACUCUACUCUAUAUCACAAUUUUAACCACAUUUUGCGUACUAUUCGAAAACUUUUUUGAAGGCCAUAAGGGGUAAGAUUGUAUCUUACUGUAACUGAUGAAACCCUGAAUGUCCGAACGUGAGAUCUUUGAACUUCUAGGGAAAACAUACAUACUCCAGUUACAAAAGUACAGGGUGACAUUCUUAGAUUGUACUAAAUGAAGUAUAAGCGCAAUCAGAUUCAAACUUAAGAAAUUAUAACAAUAAUGAUUUAAGCUUUAGUUCUGGUCUUCACUGAGACAUCAAAGAUGAGUUAUUGAGGUCGCGUCUCUCUUUCUCCCUUCACUUUCAUGGGGGAAUUGUAAAUUCAUAUUAUAAUUCAAAAAAAGAAUUUCUCAAUUUUUUGCAGCUUUUGUCUCUAUUUAACAUGCAAACGAAUUGUACGAAGUCAGUUAUUGACACAUGGUACUGCCUAGUGUUUCUGAGAUAUUUAACAGAGAGACUUGUGCAGGCUGAUAUGAUCAUGUAAAUGCAGUAAUAAAAUAUUUUUUUUCAAAUGCACCAUGACUGUCUCUUCGUAUUGCAAAUGUGUGCACCCUGAAUGUCUGUCAUCGUGUAUUUUUUUCAGUUAACCACUUAAUGAAUUUCUCCAAAUGAAAAUAUAUUCUCAUGCUUGCACUAUACUGAGUUAAAAUACAUUAUUUUGGAGAUACAAACACCCUUUGCAAAACCACCACGGUAUUCAUACGAGCUGCUCAUAUCGAAGCGUGGGCCUGGAGACCUACUCAUAACCAUCCGUUUGGUAUGUGAGGAAAGAGGCCACCUCUGCCUCCAAUCAUUUGAGAGUUCUUCCAAUUAUCAGAUGCUGCAAUUUUAUUGUGUUAUCUUGGUACAGUGGAUGAAACUGGUGAAAACGAACCAAAAACAAAAAAAAAAAAACGCACAGAAAAAAGCCACUUAAUUUCUAAAGACCAGUGCAAAAUGCAGAAUGUUGCAAGGAGAUAUUAGGAUAGGACAAGCCUUCUAGCUGGUGGUCCGAAGCCCUGCUCAGGGAGGCCCACGUCUGGUGCUCAUGUGUGGUGGAACGUGGGCAGGGAUUGCUCUGCCUGCCUCCUUUGUUAUUGUCUCUUUGUCGCACCCACCCCGUCACAAAACAAGGAAAGUCUUUCUCCAAACCCCGAAGUGUUCUGAGAGAAUGAGGAGCACAGCAGGGAGAGCGACAGGGCCGCGCGAGCGACGAAGGGUGGCGAUGUCUCCAGGAGAGGACGGUCUGAUCGGGAUCCCCUUCCCGGAGCACAGCAGCGAGCUCCUGUCUUGCCUGAAUGCCCAGCGGCGGGCGGGGCUGCUGUGUGACCUCACGCUGACCUCCCGGGGCACCCGCUACCUGACGCACCGCUCGGUCAUGGCCGCCGUGAGCAUCUACUUCCGCAGGCUGUUCGGGGCGGAGGAGGGGGAGGGCGGGGACUUUGGGGCCGGGAGGCGCUGCAGCGUCCAGCUGGACUGCGUGGCGCCCGACGCCCUGGACGCCCUGCUGGAGUUCGCCUACACCGCCACCCUCACCAUCCGCAGCUCGGGCAUGCGGGAGGUGCUGAAGGCCGCCCAGCUGCUGGGCAUCCAGUGCGUGGCCGACGCCUGCCGGGACAUCCUGGGUGAGAGGGACCAGGGCGAGGACCACGCCGAGGAGGCCGAGCGGGUGUCCCGCCGCAAGAAGGACAGGAGGCACGUCUCCAAGUCCAGAUCGCCGCCGCACCCCCCGUCUCCGCCCCCCUCCUCCCCUCCGCCGGACCAUCGCCAGCCCGUGGCACCCGCGCCCCCGCACCCCGAUUACGAGGAGCACUCCCCCCUGGCGGGCCAGAACGGCGACCAGCCCGGCGACGGCAGAGUGGCGGCUCCGGCGGCCAAUGGGGGCGUGCGCUGGCCCCGGGAGGAAAGCCUUUCGGCCCCUCCCCCCGAAGAUGGGAUUUCGGAGGAGGAGGAGGACAGGGGAGAGUACGGGGGCGGGGGGACCGCAGCCGCUCCCCUGGCCCCCGAGCGAGGGGGAGCGCUAGGCGGGGGCAGGAAGAGGAAGUCGCAGACGCCUCAGCAGUGCCCCGUGUGUCAGAAGAUCAUCCACGGCGCCGGCAAGCUACCCCGGCACAUGAGGACCCACACGGGCGAGAAGCCCUUUCAGUGCACAGCCUGCGGCGUCCGCUUCACCCGGAAUGACAAACUGAAGAUCCACAUGCGCAAGCACACGGGGGAGCGGCCGUACCCGUGCCCCGACUGCCCCGCCCGAUUCCUGCAUUCCUACGACCUGAAGAACCACCGCUCCCUGCACAGCGGGGCCCGCCCCUUCGAGUGCCCGCUCUGCCACAAGGCCUUCGCCCGCGAGGACCACCUGCAGCGCCACCGCAAGGGCCACAGCUGCCUGGAGCUGCGCACCCGCCGCCCGCGCAGGGGCCCGGGGCCGGGGGAGGGGGCCGCGCCGGGGCCCCACCGCCUGUCGCCGCUCGUGGACCCCGCCUCUCUGCCACACUCCUCCUCGUUCUCUCACUCGCCCCCGCGGGCCAAUUCCUCAGGCCCCGUGCUGGUGUACCCGCACCACCCUGACAGCCCCUUCCACCCCAUGUCUCUCCUGGCCUCCAGCAGGCUGGCCUACGCGGGGCCCCUGUGGAGAGGCCUGGGGGUGCCCGCCGGCACAGCAGGGGAGGCUGUUGGGCCCCCCUCCCCAGUCGGCCCCCCACCCACGCAAGCGAGGUGGGAGGAGGAAGCGGAUGAGGAGGAGGAGGAAGAAGAGGAGGAGGAGUAAGGUAAAGGGAAGAUGUGGGUGUGUGAUGUGGCUCAGGUCUGAAUCCGUGUUGCAUAUCGGUGUCGCAGAUUGGUAGCUGCGUGCGUGCGUGCGUGCGUGCGUGCGUGCGUGCGUGCGUGCGUGCGUGUGUGAGUAUGAGCGCAUGCGUAGCGCCCAUUGUAACCCACCCUGCUCUCUCAGUAAGACUGGGAGCAUGACUCAGGUGACCAAACCUGCGUGACAAGCAUCUCAUUUUGGGGCACUUAUUAAAACCAAAAAAAAUAAAUUUAAAACGGGUUCUCUCAAUUAUUUUUGUUCUUUCGCAACUCUUGUUGCUUUA